AUGCCGACGACCGUGAAACAUCGUCACUUGGAUUACGAAAUGGUACAGCCGACGAAGAGAAUCAGACGCACGAUCUCUCAGUCUGACCGCUUUCCAGACGACGACGACGCAGAAAGCUUCUACGACCUAGACCACGGGUCUGCGGAAGACGGGAACUCGAUUGUAGACGCGCUCAAGUGCGACAGUGGCGACCCUUUCAAAGCCUUCGCUCAUCAUUGCCACUGCGCUCAAGCCAGAACCCGGCUGGGAUCUCAUGGGCCUGGAGAAUUCGUCUGCGGAACCUGUUCUCUGAGACGGGAGGGCUACAUCAAUGAGCCGGGGAAGGACAACGAUGGGGGUUUUUCCUCGUCAAUGCCUUUGGCGUUCCGGGGCAAGCUGGCAUAUGAGUGA